ACCGCAGCGCCGCCGCCGCCGCCGCCGCCGCCCCGCCUUGCAGGCCUCGGGACUGUCACACCGCCUUGACUGUGAGGGUACUUUGGCGAGGUCCCCGGAAGUAGCCUUCCCAGGCUCUCAGACAUCCCCCAUCCUCCCCACGCCGCUGCCGCCGCCGCCGCCAUGCAAGGCGAGGACGCCAGAUACCUCAAAAGGAAAGUUAAAGGGGGAAAUAUUGAUGUACAUCCAUCAGAAAAAGCUCUCAUUGUUCAGUAUGAAGUGGAAGCUACCAUUCUUGGAGAAAUGGGGGAUCCCAUGUUGGGAGAACGAAAGGAGUGCCAAAAAAUCAUUCGUCUGAAGAGUCUCAAUGCUAACACAGACAUAACCUCUCUGGCCCGGAAAGUGGUUGAAGAAUGUAAACUCAUUCAUCCUUCAAAGCUAAAUGAGGUAGAACAGCUUUUGUACUAUCUACAAAACCGCCGUGAUUCACUGUCAGGAAAAGAAAAAAAAGAAAAAUCAAGCAAGCCUAAAGAUCCACCUCCUUUUGAAGGGAUGGAGAUUGAUGAGGUGGCCAACAUUAAUGACAUGGACGAGUACAUUGAACUGUUGUAUGAAGAUAUUCCAGACAAGGUUCGGGGUUCUGCUUUGAUCCUACAACUUGCUCGAAACCCUGAUAACUUGGAAGAGCUACUACUAAACGAAACUGCCCUGGGUGCACUAGCAAGAGUCCUGAGAGAAGACUGGAAACAGAGUGUUGAGUUAGCUACAAAUAUCAUUUAUAUCUUCUUUUGCUUUUCUAGCUUUUCUCAUUUUCAUGGACUCAUCACUCAUUAUAAAAUUGGAGCACUAUGCAUGAACAUCAUUGAUCAUGAGUUAAAAAGACAUGAGCUUUGGCAAGAGGAACUUUCAAAGAAGAAGAAAGCUGUUGAUGAAGACCUUGAAAAUCAAGCCUUGAGAAAAGACUAUGACAAAACGUUCAAAAAGUACCAAGGACUUGUGGUAAAACAAGAGCAGCUGUUGAGAGUUGCUCUCUAUUUGCUUCUGAACCUUGCUGAGGACACACGCACAGAGCUGAAGAUGAGGAACAAGAAUAUAGUUCACAUGCUGGUGAAGGCUCUUGACCGGGACAAUUUUGAGCUGCUCAUUCUAGUUGUGUCAUUCUUGAAGAAACUCAGUAUCUUUAUGGAGAAUAAAAAUGACAUGGUAGAGAUGGACAUUGUUGAAAAACUGGUGAAAAUGAUACCGUGCGAGCAUGAAGACCUCCUGAAUAUCACCCUCCGGCUUUUAUUAAACCUUUCAUUCGACACAGGCCUGAGGAACAAGAUGGUACAAGUUGGGCUUCUCCCAAAGCUCACAGCACUCCUGGGGAAUGAAAACUACAAACAAAUAGCAAUGUGUGUGCUUUACCAUAUAAGCAUGGAUGACCGCUUUAAGUCAAUGUUUGCAUACACUGACUGCAUACCACAGCUAAUGAAGAUGCUCUUUGAAUGUUCAGAUGAACGGAUUGACUUGGAGCUGAUUUCUUUCUGCAUUAAUCUUGCUGCUAACAAGAGAAAUGUCCAGCUCAUCUGUGAAGGAAAUGGGCUGAAGAUGCUCAUGAAAAGAGCUCUGAAGCUCAAGGACCCCCUGCUGAUGAAGAUGAUCAGAAACAUCUCCCAGCACGAUGAGCCCACUAAGAAUUUGUUCAUUGAUUAUGUUGGGGACCUCGCAGCCCAGAUCUCCAGUGAUGAAGAGGAGGAGUUUGUAAUCGAGUGUUUGGGAACUCUGGCAAAUCUGACAAUCCCAGAUCUAGACUGGGAGCUGGUUCUGAAGGAGUACAAGCUGGUUCCAUUCCUCAAAGAUAAGCUGAAACCAGGUGCCUCAGAGGACGACCUUGUGUUAGAAGUGGUUAUAAUGAUUGGAACCGUAUCUAUGGAUGACUCCUGCGCCGCGCUGCUCGCCAAGUCUGGGAUAAUUCCAGCACUCAUUGAACUGCUCAAUGCUCAGCAAGAAGAUGAUGAAUUCGUGUGUCAGAUAAUUUAUGUCUUCUACCAGAUGGUUUUCCAUCAGGCCACAAGAGAUGUCAUAAUCAAGGAAACACAAGCUCCAGCAUAUCUCAUAGACCUGAUGCAUGAUAAAAAUAAUGAGAUCCGGAAAGUCUGUGAUAACACUUUAGACAUUAUCGCAGAAUAUGAUGAAGAAUGGGCAAAGAAAAUUCAGAGUGAGAAGUUUCGCUGGCAUAACUCUCAGUGGUUGGAGAUGGUAGAAAGUCGUCAGAUGGAUGAGAGCGAGCAGUACUUGUAUGGCGAUGAUCGGAUUGAGCCAUACAUCCAUGAAGGGGACAUUCUUGAAAGGCCUGACCUUUUCUACAGCUCAGAUGGAUUGAUUGCCUCUGAAGGAGCAAUAAGUCCAGACUUCUUCAAUGACUUUCACCUCCAGAACGGAGAUGUGGUUGGGCAGCAUGCCUUUCCUGGCAGCCUUGGAAUGGAUGGCUUUGGACAACCAGUAGGAAUCCUUGGACGUCCUGCUACCGCAUAUGGAUUCCGCCCUGACGAACCUUACUACUACAGCUUUGGGUCUAGAGCCCUUCCAUGUGUACACUCAGCUUAGGAGAAAUCUGUGUGCUGUGUGUUAACUUUGAAUCUUGACUCAAUAAUGCAUGUUGUACUCCUGUGGGGCUGCGUUGCUUAUUUCUCCAUGUUCUUGCUCUAGGGUGACUCUAACCCUCACGUCUGUUAAAUACAGUUGAUGCUCUAGUGC